GGGCGUGGCACCAACAACGUCAUCACCUACCGCGGCGUCAAUUUGGUUCGCUUUUGAUGCAUUGGCGUUUGCUAACCGCGUGAGUCUAGAGCCAAAGCAACAAUUUUUCUUUUCGAACUUUAAUCGGUGCGUAUAGCGAUGCAUCGAAUUAGGUGAGGCCUCAUUAAGACUCGGCUCUUGUGUGUUUUGCGUGUUUUACGGUGAUGAACAACCUCUUUCUGAUCUCUUUCGUGACUCUACCAUGUCAUUUUGAGUGAUGAUUUAACAUUGAGACUUGACAGACGUCAAAUGCAGAAAGUGCAUCGUUUAGGGAAUGUCUGAUGUGAAGAGGAAGUCUUUAGACAAGUCUGGUGGUACUGAGAGAUAAACCAGUCACUCAGUGUUGCUGUACUGUGUUUACUUUUCCGUCAUGUCGUUUUCCAAAGUGCUCGUAGAUUCAGUGUUUGGCAAGAGUCCUGAGAUGUGUACAAAAAGAGAUCUUUGUAUGUUCUUACAACGACAUCGUACUAUUGCCAAUGACCUUGCCCUUUCAACAACUGGAACAAAGUCUAUUCUUAUUGAAAGAGUCACGAAUGCCAUCAAACAAGGAAUGUACCUGCUAGAAGAUUCUAGUGAAGAGGCAGAACAAGAGUGUGUUUUUGGACUGCCUGAUUGUGCUUCAGAUGGUUGGCAGAAUCAGAUGGAGGAAAUACACAUGGUCUGCCCAGUAGUAACAAUAGCUAGCAUAUUACACCACAUGCGACCAGCAACAGGCAUGUCAUCAAUUCAGGCCGCUGCAUUCAGAAGUCUGACAGAAGGUCAUACCGUGUGGAAGUCUGGUCAUGUCAUUGAGAUGGUCCUCAAUACAACUCAGUUUGCCUAUACUUGGAUGAAAAUCAAAGUGCUAGCUACAAUGAAACAAGAGAUCAGGAGAGUAUGCAUCGCCUUUGAGAAAUGUAGCCACAACAUCAAAUUUGCACAUUGCACUUGUCCUGCUGGCCUAUCACAUUCAUGCAUUCAUGUGUCUGCUGCUUUGUGGUCAAUGGAAUCAUUUGGAAGCAAGCUUGCUCCUACAUCAAAGCCCUGUGCUUGGAUACAACCAAGAAGCAAGGAGACACCAACUGGACCUAUCACCAGUAUCUCUCUUAAGAAGCACAAGAUCUUCAGACAAGAGAAGCUUUCUUCCAUGACUACCACUAAGGCAAAAGAUUUUGAUCCAAGACCUCCUGCUUUGAGAGGAAAAGGAGAGAUCAUGAUGAAAUGUUUUGCUUCUGACCUUAUCAACAGUUACAAAAGUGACAACAUGCCAUUGCUUGUCAGUGUCUUUAUUCCCCCACCUCCCCCACCUCCUCCUCUUCCUGUGGCAAGAUCUGAGAACUUCCAAAUGUUUUUGUCAGAUGAUGAACUUUUACUGGCAACAACAACAGACAUUGCUGAUCCUGUUGAAGACAUGGGUCAUACUGACCUGAAUGAACUGAGUGAUAUGUGUGCUGACCUGGAUGAACUGAGUGGUAUGUGUACUGCUUUUAAGGCAUCUUUGCAAGUGUCUGAUGCGCAGCAGAGUGCUAUUGAAUUUACAACAAGAGGCCAGGCAUUAAACCCAAAAUGGUUUGAAGCGAGAAAGAACAGACUAACUGCCUCCAUAUUUGCAGAUGUUGUGAAGAGAAAGGCAAUGACAUUGCCAGAUCCUCUGGUAAAGAUAAUUUUAGGUUAUACAAGAAUACCAACAUGGCUGCCUGCAAUAAGGUGGGGCCAAGAUAAUGAGGUAGUUGCUCGCUUAUUUUACCUUGAAAUGCAGCGUCGAAGAGGUCAUGCAGGAAUACAGGUAUCGGAAUGUGGACUUUUUGUUGAUACAGAGCAUGGAUGGUUGGGAGCAUCACCAGAUGGUUUAAUCUAUGAUCCAAGUAACGUUGAUGACACAGAUGGUGUGCUUGAAAUCAAGUGUCCAUAUUCAAUGCGAACAAAUACGAUCUCUGAAGCUGCACAGAUGCCUGGCUUCUACUGUCAAUAGAAGGAUGGCCAGUUGCACUUGAAUAGAAGACACAAGUAUUUCUACCAGGUGCAAGGUCAGAUGGCCAUAACAGGAAGGAACUGGUGUGACUUCGUUGUAUGGACACAAUAUGACAUAUUUAUAGACCGAAUUAAGUAUAAACAUAAAUUUUGGUUACAGGAAUGCUUGCCUAAAUUAGAAAAUU